GGUUCGGCCGAUCAGCUGCCCCGGUCUGUUGCCGUACACUAAAACAACCAUGUCGCAUCAAACGGGCAUCCAAGCGGGAAAUGACGUGAAGGACAUCUUUGCCGAUGCCAGGAGCGGAGACCAAUAUCGAGUCUUAAAGAUAGUGAUUGAAGAUGAGCAGCUGACACUCGGUGGGACCAGAAAAGCAUCAAAACAGUGGGAUCAAGAGUAUGAUUCGCUAGUGCUUCCCCUCCUGGAGGAUGACGUGCCCUGCUAUAUUCUGUACCGGCUGGACUCCUCCAACAACCAGGGCUAUGAGUGGCUCUUCCUGGCCUGGUCACCUGACCGCUCUGUUGUGCGACACAAAAUGUUGUACGCUGCCACCAGAGCCACGCUGAAGAAAGAGUUUGGCGGCGGGCACAUCAAAGACGAGAUGUUCGGCACCGCUAAGGACGAUGUGAAUCUCGGCGGCUAUAAGAAAUACCUGACCUCCAAGGCCGCCCCCCUACCCCUCACCGCUGCAGAGGAGGAGCUGAGGCAGAUUAAACUCAAUGAGGUGCAGACGGACAUUAGCGUGGACACCAAGCAGCAGACGCUGCAGGGAGUGGCCUUCCCCAUGCACGGCGACGCGGUCGAGGCCCUCGAGCGCUUCAGGGACAGGAAAGUGAACUACGUCCAACUUGAAAUAGAAUUUGAGAAGGAGCUGAUCCGGUUGUGUAACACUGACCCAACAGAGGUCAAAGACCUGCCGAAGAGGAUCCCGAAAGACUCGGCGCGUUACCACUUCUUCCUCUACAAACACUCCCACGAGGGCGACUACCUAGAGUCCACAGUCUUCAUUUAUUCCAUGCCGGGUUACAAGUGUAGUAUCCGAGAGAGGAUGCUCUACUCCAGCUGCAAGAACCCACUGGUCGACAUGGUGGAAAAUAACCUCCAGAUUGAGAUCGAGAAAAAGCUGGAGAUCGAAGACGGCGACGAACUGACCGGCGACUUCCUGUACGAAGAGGUGCACCCCAAGCAGCACGCGCACAAACAGGCCUUCGCUAAGCCCAAAGGCCCCGCGGGAAAGAGGGGUGGCCGCCGAAUCACCAGACCACCUGCAGAGGGCGAAGAAGACGAUUAGAGACCAGAACACCCCCGCCUCGCUCCUUUACCUGUGCCCCCACAAUGGAACAUUCCAUUCAUGGGAGGGAGGAGGGGGGGGGGCUAUUUGACACAACCUUUGUUUAGAAAAAAAAAAAAAAACCCUGAAAAACCUUCAUUUCCCACAAAGUUCAUCCACAGACCGAACUAUGCACACAAUGAACUGAGCAAUGACACACACGCACACACACACCCCAGAAUUUCCAUUUGUAGCUUGCCAAAUGGAAGGUGAAUGAGUAUAGAUAUGUAAGUUACUGUAUUCAAAAGGUAUUUUGCAGAGAUUCGAAGAGGCUGGGAAAAAAAAAAAGAGGCUGAGGUUUUUAUGUUGUUGCUGCCAACUCCAAAACUUCAAAAAAAAUGUCGUCGGUGCAACUGAUGUGAACUCGUGCCAUCGUGAUAAAACUCUCCAAUUAUAAGUUCACGUACGCUUGAAUUUCUUUAACUCGCAUUCCUUAACACGUGUGUCGGCGCUGCACACGCUGGGGCAUUGGUCUCCCGGUUGUUGUACGCCUGACACGAGGUUGGUCCAAAAGCAGAAAUGAAACAAGUAUUCCGCUUGUCAUUCAUUCAUUUUAACUGUGCUCUUUUUUUUUUUUUAAAUUAGAUAAAAUUUGAUUUCUCUUUUUUUUUUUUACAUAUAUAUAUUAUAACUGUGAUUUACAUGGGGGAAAAAAUAACAAAACACACAUCUGCUGAGAAACUUAUUUUUCUAUGCAAGUGCUGUAUAUGUACAUACUGUAGCUGUGUGAUGGUCUGUGUUUAGGGGGGGGGGGGGGGCAAUCUUGUCCGAGCUGAUGAUCUUCGUCAAUGAGGGCCAUCGUAGAAAAGAAAAGGAGAAAAAAAAAAAAACGGGCUUCCAGAUUAUUUCAUCAUGACGCCAACUCACAUAGAGGAAGCUGUUUUUAUGGCGUGGUUACAAUACUAGAUGGAAAAGAAGAAGAAGAAAAAACCAGCUACUGGAUAGGAAAGGGAAUACUGGUACCUUGAUCAUGAUGUAUGCCACGUCCACUUGUCUACUGAUGAAUAUUAGGCAAAAUACCAAGCUUCACCUCAUGUUUUGAAGGGAAAAAUCCCUUUGCAUUCAUAUAGUGUAACUAUAAUAGAAACAAAACUCGUUUGGUCUUAAUUGUUUUCUUACCAGAAAUCUUUCUUUUUAAAGAAGAGAAAUAAAAUAUUUAAAUCAUG